AAAUAGGACGCAAGAAAACUCUGAAUACCAGUUUAUGUUACUUGCGUAGCCCUCUCUAAGGUAUUUUAGGGUGAAUUCAUCCGCAUUGACUACAUUCGAUAUAUCAUGAAAAAUAAUCAAUGUCUACAUCUUGUAUUCUAUGCUCCCUUGAUACAUAAAAUCAUCCUGUUACUUUAUGAAAUCGUGUCAAUGGACUGUAACGCCAUUUGUGUUACAAGGGGCAUGAUGUAAACUUUAGACUCUGCUAGAAAUUUUAAAGUGCGAAUAAAAAUGCUGAUUCUUUAAACUUCCAUUGACUUUCUUCCCUUUUUCCUCCUCUUGAAGACAUUCGAAUGGACUCAAGUCGACCUAUAUUAGACUCCUUGACAAAGGCACCACCUAAGGAAGUUAUUGUCAGCGUGACAAAACCAGCACUUGCACCAUCCACUCAGCGAUCUGUGGUUUCCAAAGUUCUUGGUUUUAUACCAGCGAUUCUUUUAAAAAUCGUUGGGUUUGCUACCAUUUCAAUACCUGUCUUCUUUUAUAGAAUUCUUACUUGGUCAUUCACCUUGCACCUGAAUUUUUCAUCACUUCUCGUCAUUCUUACCAUCAUUGCUACCAUCGCUUAUCUUGUCGUUCGAUAUCGAUUCCUGACCAAGUAUUCGCGCUUAAAGCCAAUUAAAUCGCCCAAAGUAGCAUCCUCCUUUGAUUUACAUCCAGAUACUGGUGAAGAAAAUGAAUAUUCCAAGCCAGGGUUUAAGAACUAUCCAGAUGAGUUUUUAUCAGCCUUCUUGUCUUCCAUUAAGAUCUUUGGUUACUUGGAGCAACCCGUCUUUCAUGAACUUGCACGACAUCUUCAAACCAAAAAGCUAUUGGCUGGCGAUACUCUUUUUAGAAACCCGGAUCAAGAACGUUCGUUUUAUAUCGUCGUGGACGGACAUGUGCAAUUGUUUGUAAAGCCUGAAAAUGAGGACUUGGAUGAUACGAGUGAUGAGGAUGACGUAUUUGAAUCCAACGAUUUGUGGAAUCAACCAGCAGAUGAUAGUGACCCCUUUGAUUCGAAUCAUAGAAGAGAUAAAUUUAAAAAUUACACCUUGAUUAAUGAAGUAGGUGCUGGCGGUACUCUAUCAAGUCUGUUUACUAUCCUUUCCAUCUUUAGAGAAAGCUUCAACAGGUCAGAAGCCAAGGAGCGACAGAGACAAAAGUCAACAUCUAAAUCUCAUCUAUCACGUUUGGUUCCUGUCUCUAAUAACAAUGAACCAAACAAGGACUCAUCAUCUGACGAAUGGAAACAAGUAUUUCCUAGUUUAGAAGAGCCGAUGGUACCUAGUGUUUCAAAACCUGAAUCAGAGAACAGUGGGCUGCGUAAAAGGACAAGAUCAGUACAUCCAACCGUGUUAUCACCACAGGCAGUCAGCUCUCAAGACCAGAUUUUAGCCAGUGAAAACGAAGACAUCGAGCCACAUGAGUUGAAUGAUUCAUUUGGUCUGCCGCCUCCUACUACUUCCAAGAAGUUAUCCGCCUCCACCUCCAAAUAUUCUCAGCCGUUACAAGAUAUAAAUGGUUACUCAAAAUGGCAUAGACGAUCCUAUCGCUCUGUUCAUCCCAACAUUAUUGCCCGAGCAACGGUUGAUACGACAUUGGCCGUUAUCCCUGAAGAAGCUUUCCACAAAUUGACACAAAAGUUCCCCAAGGCUGCUGCUCAUAUUGUUCAAGUGAUUGUUACUCGAUUUCAGAGGGUUACUCUGAUGACAAGUCAUCGGUAUCUUGGUCUGACAAAGGAACUUUUACGACUGGAAAGGCUCGUGAAUGAAUCUGCUAGUUUACCCGAACUUCCAGCGGAUUUUUUUGCUCCCGAUGGAAUGGACCGUUUGAGACACAAGUUCAACGAUGAAGAAACUGCAUCUCAAGACAAUGAGAAUGGAUUGACACCGGCAGAAAUUAGCCGUAGUGAUAGUACUGGAAUCAUUCAAGCUAUAGGUAUCAUCGAUAUGCCCGAUACACCAUCCAUUCAUAACGGCAGUCCUAAUAGCAAUCCUAAAUUGGGUUCAUCUCCAUCCAACGCCGCUUCACCUCGCUUAUACCGCCAAAAGUCCAAUAGAAGAGGCGAGUAUAGCAUGGAAGAUGAUGAACAUUUACGAACAUCGAUCGUAAAGUGUGUUUCAGAUGCACUUGGAAUCAAGCCUAAAAACUCCAGUGCUUCCUCAGAAGAGCCCAAGUCUCCGUUUGCCAUGUCUCCUAGAGUUCCUCGUCGCUCCUAUAAUGAAGAACAAAGAUCUCGCCUUCAAUAUCCCAUGGAUCUAUUCUCUCACACAGGUGCGGUAGAUGCAAUGACCUCUCCUUCUUUGGAUGCUAUUGCUGAUUAUGAUGACGAUGCUGUAUCAACCACUUCCUCUGUACAAUCAGGCGGCACUAAUUCCGAUAUUCUUAGUGCGAACAAGGCGGAUCCUAUUUCUCCUGAUGACGUACAGAUUCUUUACUUUCCAAAGGAUGCUGUCUUGGUACGUGAAGGGGCUCACAACACAGGUCUGUUCUUUGUCAUUGAUGGUCUCUUGGAAGUAUCCAUGACACCCACCAAGGGAGAAGACGUUAUGGAAGAAGCAAGUACAAAGAAGGGCAAGCGACGCACCAAUAGAAAAUCCCGUAUUGUUGACACUGGCUUUGAACUUACUCCUUCAUCCUCUAUCUCCUCAAAGUCAUCAGAACAUUCAAAAGAAGGAAAACAGAUGCCACCUCCUUCUAGCAGUACAACAAGUGCCAAAGUCGACAAGGUCGUCGCUUCGGAUGCUCCUUCUGGUCGCAGCAGUAAAGUCAAGUUUGGAAAGGAAGAUCGUGGAAAGAUCAAGAGACCACUGUAUUUCAUCAAGCCUGGUGGAAUCGGGGGUUAUUUGGAUGCCUUGACUGGGUUUCCUAGUUUUGUUGAAAUUAAAGCAAAGACGGAUGCUUAUGUAGGCUAUGUCUCUAAAAAGCGCUUGGAUAGAAUUAUCGAAAAGAAUCCAACUGUAAUGUUGAAACUGGCUAAACAGCUUGUUGGUCAUGUCAGUCCACUAAUCCUUCAGAUUGAUAUCUCACUAGAAUGGAUGCAGGUGAAUGCUGGUCAAAUUAUCUGCAGAGAAGGUGAACCAAGUGAUGCUAUCUAUAUGGUGUUGCAUGGCCGUUUAAGAACAAUACAUGAAAAGGAAGAAGGGGAUAUUGAGAUUCUUGGAGAAUUUGGUCAUGGUGAUAGUGUAGGAGAACUUGAAGUACUAACUGGUGUUCCUACAUCUGCCACACUUCACGCUAUUCGUGAUACAGAACUUGCGCGUAUGCCUAAAACACUGUUUAAUGCACUUGCGCUUCGUCAUCCAGAAAUUACACUUCAAAUCUCGCGUAUGGUCGCUUUCCGUUCACUUGAACUGCGUAAUAGAGACAUGCAAAAUCCAAAUGUGUUUCGUAUAAGCUCCAAUCCAGAAACGGCGAUCGCUUCAACCGCUGAUCUCAAGGGGUACCCUGAACUCUAUGGUCGAAACAACGUGAACCUAAAGACGAUUGGUAUCAUUCCUGUUAAUUCUGCUGUUCCGGUAACCGAGUUUGCAGAGAGCUUAAAGGCUGCCUUGAUUCAUUCUGUAGGAGCCACAUGUGUCCUUUUGAACAGUGCGACCGUGACAGCGAUCAUGGGUAAAUACGCAUUUUCUCGUUUAGGUAAACUCAAGAUGGCUUCUUGGCUUGCUCAGCAGGAAGAGAAGUAUAGGAUUGUUCUGUACUUGGCUGAUGGUGGCGUUACCUCGCAGUGGACGCGUACUUGUAUUCGACAGGCCGAUUGUAUUUUGUUAGUUGGUCUUGGCGAUGGUGACCCCUCUGUUGGAGAGUAUGAGCGUCUCUUGAUCAACUUGAAGACAACAGCAAGAAAAGAACUUGUCUUGCUUCAUGGAGAAAGAUAUUGUGCUCCAGGCACAACUCAAAACUGGUUAAAGAACCGAUUGUGGAUUCAAGCCCAUCAUCAUGUGUAUAUGGCAUUGCGUCAACAUACUACUUUAGCAGCUAGUGAAAAGUUUGUGCCUCCAUGGUUAGCACAGCAAGGAAGAAAGGUGACCGCAAACUCUAUCACUAUGCUAUCCAACGUCAAAGACCAGAUCAAGGAGUACUAUUCUGCUGUGCCUCCCAUUAGUCGAUUGCUCGAUUUUAAAAAGUCAAACACUAACACGAUGACUGGUGUAAGUUCAACCUCUAGGAAUGACUUUGCUCGUUUGGCUCGCAGAAUCUGUGGCAAAUCGGUGGCUCUUGUUCUUGGUGGUGGUGGUGCUCGUGGUAUCGCUCAUGUAGGUGUUAUUCAAGCCAUUGAAGAGGCAGGCAUUCCGAUUGAUAUCAUUGGUGGCACAAGUAUUGGUAGCUUUGUCGGCGGAUUGUAUGCACGCAAUAUGGACCUUGUAUCUGUUAUUGCAAGAAGCAAGAUGUUUGCAGGCCGCGUGUCUAGCAUUUGGAGACAGAUCAUGGACUUGACUUAUCCUGUCACUGCAUGGUUUACAGGCCAUGAGUUCAACAGAGCCAUUUGGAAAUGUAUUGGUGAUAGUCAGAUUGAGGAUUACUGGUUACCUUACUAUGCAGUGACAACCAACAUUACGUUCUCACGUAUGGAGGUUCAUACGACAGGCUAUGCAUGGCGAUAUAUUCGAGCCUCAAUGUCACUUUCAGGUUAUAUGCCGCCUAUUUGCGAUAAUGGCAAUAUGCUUGUCGAUGGUGGCUAUAUGGACAAUCUUCCUGUCUCAGUGGCUAAAAGUAUGGGAGCAGAUAUCAUCAUUGCUGUCGACGUUGCUUCUGAGGAUGACACGAGUCCUGUUUAUUAUGGUGAUUCCAUCAGUGGUUGGUGGGCACUCUUACAUGGCCUCAAUCCGUUCAGAACCUACAACAUUCCAAGCAUUGCGGAAAUUCAGAGUCGACUUGCUUAUGUGAGUAGUGUUGCGAAAUUGGAAGAGGCCAAAGUAACGGAUGGCACGCUCUAUCUAAAACUGCCUGUACAACAAUGGGGUACUUUGGAAUUUGCAAAGUAUAAUGAUAUAUUUCAAACGGGUUAUGAUGUCGGAAAAGAGGUGGUGGCUCGUUGGAAAGCAUAUGCUUCUGGAAAAUUGACAGAUGAUGAACAAGAUCCUAUUUUGAAAGGAAAAGAAGUGAAAGGAAAGAGAGGAAGAAGAAAUAGUAUUUAAUGACAUUCUUUUGUAUGUAAAUUCUUUUGCUUAUACAUUGUUUAUAAUAAACGAAUUGCUGUGUCAUGUAUAAUUUUAGUAUGGGCC